AAUAAUGAUGACGAAAGUUUUGGAAGCAAGGACACGAGCGAUAGGUAUGCUCACAAGCACGAAGUACAUCUCAGUCUACAUGAUCAACUUACCAAGCAACGCUAUAAUAGAUACCUCAAACCACUCCCUCUAUUACCACGAGCCACAACAUUUGACAGUCUUAAGACCGCCGGAGAAAAUGUGUCGGAGUAUUGGGCGCGAUAUGUUCUCCUUUCUGGCAAAUAUUCAUCUCGCAAAUCCUCCGACAGCGAGCAAGAGAUCAAGAAGACGUUUUUUAGCAAAUACAGCGGAUGGAGGGGUGGUAUUCUGAUCGCAUCUUGUGCUACUUUUAUUGUGCUCCUCCUUAAUACCACAUUUGCGAUUUUUGGUUUAGUGGUAUCUAAGAGUGAGAUGAAAGUUGGGACUUUAAUGAAUGGAGAUUGUGGCCGAAUAGGGAGCAUAGAUACAUGGCUGCACAUCAUUAUUAAUAUUGCGGGAACUGUAAGUGGCUUGAAUUCCAAAUCCACACCCCUUGCUUUGCUGGCUGGAUCGGCGCGAGAAGGUAGAGGCACCAAGUGCUAAUUGAAUGUUAAAGUGUCUACAGGCUGCAAGCAACUUUACCAUGCAGUGUAUUGGUUCACCUACCAGGACGGAAAUAGAUUCUGCCCAUGCAAGAGGAAAAUAUCGAGAUAUUGGCUUGCAAAGUUUACGAAAUCUGACUAGUAUACGAAAGAAAUUACUAUAUGGCCUACUUGUGCUAUCUUCUCUGCCACUCCAUUUCUUGUAAGUCGUUACCGCCGGGCACACAUGUUUAGUGCCGUUUAAAUUAACAACAACACAGCUGGAAUUCGGCAGUUCUCACAAAAACACAAUCACUAGACUACAAUGUCUUCGUCGUCAAACCAUGGAUUUUCUCUACUUCAUCGGUUGACUGCUCUGCCAGCAUUUCCAAGGUUUACGACAAAACUGGUUGGGUCACGGGCAUCUACCAGAAUUUCACUUUGUCUGGAAUUGGAACGCUUGGUCUUCGAAGAGGACCGCUGCACAGAGAAGCAAAUGGGUCAACAUUCGACGAACUUUCCGAAAACCCAACUGUGGCUCCAUUUGGAUGGUACCAAGAUAGACUUUGUGAUGAAUCUAACGGCAUGUUGCAAAAAGCCAAGGAAAGCCAAUUGACACGCCUAAACAAUGAUGAGUGUAUGGACACAUAUGGAGUCCCCGCAUCGAAAUUUUCGACAUGGGGAAGCGUUAUC